AUGAGUAUUGAUAAUUCUAAUAAUGGAGAGAUUGUAACAGAUAUUAUAACCUCUGAGAGCAAAAGAACUGAACUUAGUGGAUUUCUAAAGACUCUAUCAACAUUUACCGGAGAUAUUUAUAGUUUGACAUGCCCAAGUUUCUUAUUAUCUGGAGUUUCCACUCUAGAAUACGGACAAUAUUGGGGAGAUUAUCCAGAAGUUUUUGCUAAUAUUUCUAAACCAAGUAAAGAGGUUGAUAGAAUUAUUAAUGUUUUCAAAUGGUAUGUAAGUACAUUGUACGGAUCAUUUGCUUCACGUAAAGACAAAGAAAAAAUUGAGAAAAAACCAUUUAACCCUAUACUUGGCGAACAAUUCUUUGCAAGAUGGAAUGAUAUAGAUGGAUGUGGCGAAACUAGUUUGUUUUCAGAACAAGUUAGUCAUCAUCCACCUGUUUCAGCCUUUUAUUUAGAAAAUAAAAAAGCAGGAGUAUUCGCAAGCGCUGGACAAAAAACUAACUUUAGGCCUACAGCAGCACGUAUAGAUGUAAUACAAGUUGGACAUAUACUGAUUCGCCUAAGAGAUCAUCCUGAACAUUAUUUGAUAACUCUUCCAUCUUUACAAAUUCUUGGAUUAUGGAGAGGGUCUCCAUAUGUAGAAAUAAGUGGAACAAGUGUAAUACAAUCAGAAAACUAUAAUGUUGUUAUUGAGUUUAGUGGGAAAGGAUGGAUAUCAGGCGAAAAACAUAGUUUUAAUGGAGUAGUGCGUCGUAACGGAUCCAAAGAAUCAUUACAUGUAAUAACAGGUACAUGGGCAGGUCUAUCUAGUUUAGAGAAAGGGGACACAAAAGAAAAGUCGACAUUUUUUGAUGUUGAAGAUUCUAAAAGGGCGACUCCAAUUGUAACCCCAAUAGAUGAACAAGGUGAUUUAGAAAGUAGGAGGUUGUGGAAUUAUGGUGAUAUUGAACAGAAACAACGUGAUAAAGUUAAGAAUGGAAUUAAAUCCGAUCUUCAAUAUUUUGAAUGGCAUGAUGAUGAUCAAUUGUUUCUUAGUUUAGAAAAAUUAAUUGAUAAUAAAUAUCACUUGGAUGAUAAAUAUAGAGAAAAGGGUAGUUGGUUUUAUAAAAAAUAA